CGAGGAUCUAAAAGGGGCUAUAGGAAAUGAUCUACAGUAUAAAAUCCAGAAGCAGAACUUGAAGGAUUAACUACUGACCCAUUUCCCAGAAUGUUUCAUGUACUUUGAGGACCAAAAGAUGGAGUUGGUUUUUAUCUUUAAAAAGAUAUUGUCAAUGAUCUGAUACAACUAUAUAUAUUCACUCAAUGAAGAUGCAUGGACCUGUCUUUUGGUUGGACUAGUGGUCAUUUAUGACAGUUUCUUCAACCAGUUUCUAUUUGAAAAUUCAAAUAUCAAAGAAUAUUGGGUUAAACAUGGCAUAAUGUUGUGAAGACUACAGAUUUCAUAAAGACUACAAUUGGAUUCCAUGAAUAUUCUCCAAUCAAAGUGAUUGAUAUCAAUCUUUUGAUAACUUAAUUUUGAAGAAUUUUAUAUUAACAAACAACUUCAAAAGAUGGAAGAAAAAAAUGGUGAUGCAAAAACUUUCUGGAUGGAACUGGAAGAUGAUGGAAAAGUGGACUUUGUAUUUGAAAAAGUGCAAAAUGUGCUACAGUCACUUAAGCAGAAGAUCAAAAAUAGGUCUGCCACAAAUAAAGAAUAUAUACAAGCAAUGAUUUUAGUGAAUGAAGCCACUGUAAGUAACAAUUCAACAUUAAUCGAGGAUCAUAAGCCUGUGACUUGGAAUGAACUAGAAAACAAAUCAGAUGUGUUUUCCUCUACAUCAUAUGAAAACUUCUUCUCACCGGACUGUACAUUUCUAUCUACAGAAAACAAGGAAAUUCUCCCUCUGGAAAAUAAAGUUAUAGACUUUAGGGGGGAAAAGUCAUCUUUGAAUUUAUCUUAUCAAAGUCAUGGUUGUUCUGGUGCCUGUCUGAUGAAAACACCACCGCCUUUCAAGGGAGAAAACCCUCUACAGCUACCAAUCAAGUGUCACUUCCAAAGACGACAUGCAAAGACAAAUUCUCAUUCUUCAUCACUCCACGUGAGUUAUAAAACUCCUUGUGGAAGAAGUCUACGAAAUGUGGAAGAAGUCUUUCGUUACCUACUUGAAACAGAGUGUAACUUUUUAUUUACAGACAACUUUUCUUUCAAUACCUAUGUUCAGUUGACUCGGAAUUACCCAAAGCAAGAAGAAAAUGUUUCUGAUGUGGAUAUUAGCAAUGGAGUGGAAUCAGUACCUAUUUCUUUCUGUAAUGAAAUUGAUAGUAGAAAACUUCCACAAUUUAAGUACAGAAAGACUAUAUGGCCACGAACAUAUUAUCUAAACAACUUUUCCGACAUGUUCACUGAUUCAUGUGACUGUUCUGAAGGCUGCAUAGACAUAACAAAAUGUGCAUGUCUCCAGCUGACAGCAAGGAAUGCCAAAAGUUGUCCUUUGUUAAGUAAUAAAAUUACCACUGGAUAUAAGUAUAAAAGGCUACAGAGACAAAUACCUACUGGCAUUUAUGAAUGCAGCUUAAUGUGCAAGUGUAAUAGACAAAUGUGUCAAAACCGAGUUGUCCAACACGGUCCUCAAGUGAGGCUACAGGUGUUCAAAACUGAGAAGAAGGGAUGGGGUGUACGCUGCUUAGAUGACAUCGACAGAGGGACGUUUGUUUGCAUCUAUUCAGGAAGAUUGCUAAAGAGAGUCAAUCCUCAGAAACCUAAUGCUGUUGAUGAAAAUGGAAAAGAAGAGGAUGUUAUGAAAAAUAUAUUUUCAAAAAAGAGAAAAAUAGAAGUUGCGUGUUCAGAUUGUGAGGUUGAAGUUAUCACGUUAGAAUUGGAAAAGCGACCUAAAAGUGCUGAAACUGAGGAAUAUCCACCUAAGUUUAGUAGUAAUUCAAACGAGCCCAUUAUAGAGAUGAACUAUAACAACAUCUCAAGAACUCAGUAUCAUUCAGUUAUUAGAAGUCCUAAAUCCAAGACAGCCAUUUUUCCACAUAAUGGGAAAAAGGGAUUUGUUUCUUUAGAGUCUGCCACCUCAGAAGAUAAUGAUGGAUUUAAAGCAGCCCAAGCACAUGUGAACUCUAAAACCAGGGGAGCACAAAAGAACUCAAGAUUCAACCAAGUUGAAGAUUCUGAGGACAAUCAGCUGAUUGAAUCAGAUGUAAUAGAUAUGACUACAUGUAGAGAAGAAACUCUGCCAGGGGGCAGAUGUGACCAAGCAACCACAUUGGAUAAUGAAAAUGUUAAAGAGUUUGAGGUUCAAAUAAAAAAGCCCCAAGAGGAAAAAUCUCCAGUGUGUAAAAACCAGCAGGUUUAUCAUGAUGAAGAGUUGACAAGUGAUACCAAGAAUACUUCAUCUGAUUCUCUAAUGAAGUCCAGUAAAAGCAAUGUUUUUUUACUGGAUGCCACAAAAGAAGGAAAUGUGGGCCGUUUCCUUAAUCAUAGUUGUUGCCCAAAUCUCUUGGUACAGAAUGUUUUUGUAGAAACACGUGACAGAAAUUUUCCAUUGGUGGCAUUCUUCACCAACAGGUAUGUGAAAGCAAGAACAGAACUAACGUGGGAUUAUGGUUAUGAAGCUGGGACUAUGCCUGACAAAGAAAUACUCUGUCAAUGUAUCUUUCAGGUUGCAGAAAAGAUGGAAAAAAGGACAUGUGCACUCUGCCCCAAAGAUCUCGAGUAUAGUGUCCUGUACUUUGCACAAUCAGAGAAUAUAGCUGCUCAUGAAUGUUGUUUGCUGUAUUCUUCAGCCCUUGUGGAAUGUGAGGAUCAUGAUCCACAUAAUUGUGAUAGAAAUUUUGAUGUGGAAUCAGUAAAGAAAGAAAUCCAGAGAGGAAGAAAGUUGAAAUGCACGUUGUGUCGUGAAAGAGGAGCCACCGUGGGAUGCGACUUAAAAACUUGUGCCAAGAACUACCACUUUUUCUGUGCCAGAAAGGACAACGCAUUUCCACAGGCUGAUGGAGCUCGAGGGAUUUAUAAGGUGUUAUGCCAACAUCAUGCUCCCAGAUCACCAACCAAUGCUCAGAGUGCUGAUGGAGUAAAAAGAAAACGAGGAAGGAAGAAAAGACUCCCAACAGGCAUUCAUGUACCGCAACCUGAGACGACAACAUUCAAUAGAUUCAUAAAAUCAAUGAAAGAAAAGAACAGCAGCUCCCCAGAUGCAAUUGUGAAAACACCUUUUCUUAAGAAAUGUAAGGAAGCAGGACUUCUUAAUGACUUAUUUGAAGAAAUAUUAGAUAAACUUCAUUUGAUUCAAGAAAGACUCAUGGAUGAAACUACCUCAGAAUCAGAGUAUGAAGAAAUUGGGACUUCACUUUUUGACUGUAGAUUGUUUGAAGACACAUUUGUAAAUUUUCAAGCAGCAAUAGAGAAUAAAAUUCAUGAAUCUGAAGAAAUGCGGCAGCAGCUGAAGGAAGACAUUGAGCUACUUCAGGAUUUAAAACAAACCUUGUGCUCUUUUCAAGAAAACAGAGACCUCAGGUCAAGUUCCACUUCCGAAUCCUCUCUGUCUUCCUAAAGACCAUCAUUUCUUAAGCCAGUGGUCAGGUGAAACUGCAAGUAGCCCCUAAACCAGAAACCCAGCCCAAGAGCCACACACCUUCAGCCCAUCCCUCUCUGGGGCCCAGACUAUAUCCCCACCAGCUCUUAAGUUCUUGCUGAUUGGCUUUGCCCACUGGAUGGGACUCGUAACAGUAUUCCACUUAUUCUGAGAUUACUUUUCCUUCAUACUACUUCCCAGUUUAGCUACAUCUCACUUCACACCAUGAAAGUAUAGGAUCUCUGAUAGCAGAAAUGAUUUCUGUGGUUUCUCACCAUUAUCCUGCUGUUUUGCUCACUGUCAUAUUCCCAGCACUUAGUCUGCUCAAGAAACAUUGGUACAAUAAAUGCAUCAAAAUCCAUAAUUUUUGAGACUAGUUUCAGCCCAUAAUGGCUCUCAGAUAGUAAUAGAUAUGUAUGUACCACUUAUACCAGAUUUACCUGUCUUCAUGUCAGUCUGCUUUUUAGAAAUCUCUUUUCAGCCAGUUAUUAUAUGACCAUUUUAUCAUCUCCUUUUAAAUUUGUUCUUUUUAGUUAUUCAUGACAGUAGCAUAUAUUUUGACAUAUCACACAUACAUGGAGUGU